AUGCCAGAUAGGUUCACCCGACCACCUUUUAAUUCCUACGAUGGGAAGACGGACCCCAUGGAGCACGUCAGCCAUUAUAUCCAAAUGAUGUCUCUACACACUCACAACAAUGUGCUGAUGUGCAAGGUAUUUCUCUCGAGCCUUGGACCCAUAACAUUGAGAUGGUUUAAUGGGUUACGGAAGGAUUCCAUUCACAGUUUUGCCGAGUUAAUCCAGGAGUUCGGUGCACGGUUUGUAACUUGCAGGCGGGUACCACAACCGAUGGACGUGUUGCUUUCUAUGAAAAUGAGGGUUGGGGAAACCCUUCGCAGUUAUGCCAGUCGGUUCUGGGAGCUUUAUAAUGAGAUAGGUGGAGGCAACGAAAAGAUCGCGGCAAGCACCUUUAGGAUGGGACUCCUCAAAGACUCCAGACUACGGGAGUCACUGACGAAGAAGCCUCCCUAG